CAGAAGAUAAACAAAAUAUAAAUUGGAAACGUAUUAAUGUUCAGAUUAUUUCCUUUGUUUUAGAAUUUAUGGCACAAAAACAUUGAAAUACGCUCCUUGAAUAUUUCUCAAAGAAUGGACUACAAUUCUAUACCAUGUUUAGACUGGAAGGAAGAGCAUGUCAGCGCAUGGUUGAAGGCCAUUGGGAUUAAACCAGAACACAUACAGAAAUUUGAGAAAGAAGAGGUAACAGGACCCGUUCUUCUAAAUAUUAAAGAGCCAUACUUAAAAAAUCUUUGUUUGGGAGGUGGCCAAAUUCAGCUCUUGCUGAGUAAAAGAGAUGAACUGUUACUGGACAAGUCAAAGACCAGUAAAAAGAAAGGAGAGAACAGAGAAGCAGCAAAACAUGAAGUUUUGCCUUCCAGUGACGUCACAAGUCCUGAACAACCUUUAUCUUCAAGUGAUUUAACUGAAACGUCAAUGUCUUUGCCACAGAGUAGGUAUCGUAAAUUUAAUGAUAACGAUGAAUACUUCAGCUACAUAAAACAUGCCAUACUCGGACCAGAGACAGGAAUAGACAAUCUGAUCACUCCAUGCCAUGAAUAUAAAUCACUGGAAAAUGCCUGUAAAUUAGAACCAAGAAAGCUAAAGAUCAAAUUUGCCAGUGAAGUCAUUCGAUUUGCAUGUGCGUGCAUGAAUAUGCGCGCAAAUGGCACAAUCCACUUUGGGGUCAUGGACAAGACAAAAACAUAUAAACAUGGAGAGAUCAUUGGAUUUCCUAUUGAAGAUAAAGAGGUUUUUGAAGACGCUUUAGACUACAUUGAAAAUAGUUUUCAAACACAGCACUUUGAUGCCAGAAAGUGUAUCAAACCCCCAAAAUUCAUCCCAGUAGUUGACAAAGACUGUGAGACCCAAAACUGGAUUGUAGAGGUGGAUGUAGUUCCCAUGAUGAACGUUGUGAGGGAUAAACUGUAUUUUGCCCGUAUACCAAAAUUCAACGAGAAAACCAAUAAAGUUGAAUACGAGCCAAAAGCUUAUUAUCAACGAGUUGGACCAAAUACACCACGUAUUGCUGAGGAUGAACUUGUCAGUUUCAUUCAAGCUCUCAAAGACCUUGACCAAAAGAGAGAAAGGGAAGAAAACGACCAGAAUCAAACACAGGUUAAUUUUAAAGAGGACUUGGAAAGAAAACUCUUAGUUCUUCUGACAUGUGGGAAGAAAUACAUUGACAACACACUGCGUUACAUUCUUGUGUCAAACAGAUUUGAUCAUGAAAACCUGCAAAACAUCAAGUUCCUCACCCAAAUGAAUAUCUUUUGUGUUUUUGAUUUUGAUCCUGACUCCAAAUCAUCUGGACUUUGUCACAAUUACCAAAAGUAUCAUGCAGUAAACCUUCUCUUCCUGCGUGAUUAUGAUCAUAGGGAGAACACUAAUGACUUUAUCAAGAGGUUAGAUCUAUUUCACACAAAAAGCUGGAUUUUCUGCAAUGGUCGAAGUGAUUACAUUGGAGGCGAAAGUCCUUGUGAUGAGAAAACCUGGAUCAAAAACAAGAAGAAACUCUUGAAAAGAGCUGUGUUUGUUAUCUGCAAUGAGAUUCUUCCCAAAGGAUCAUUUGUGGUGCUUUUCCUUCUCACAUCUGACAUUGAGCAACCUUUUGUUGACGCCUUCAAUGAAUUCUAUGCAGAAAUGAGUGGUCAUGAGGACAUAAUCAUCAUCUCAGAGAAAAGGGAGAAUUAUAAGAAGUGGUCAAGUCUUGCCCAAGUGUCCUGCUCACUAGACGUUCUUGAACAAAUCAGUGUUGUUGGUAUGCCAGUGAGUCAUGUAGAUGCUACAGUUCAAAGGAUUCAGUUUACCAGUCUUCAGGAUGGGUGUCUACCUGUGUCAAACAAUGGCAUAUGCUUUAUAAAGCCAGCGGAAGUGCAGCAGAUGGGCUCCUUAGAAGUACUCUAUGUUAACCAAUGCGAUGAAACAAAUGUAAAUGUCAUGGAGAAAGAGAAAAUACAGGACAUUGAACAGUACUUCUAUAAAGGAGGAAAUAUUGACUGGAUGAAUUUGUGGCUGGCUGACAGAAAUCAGUGUGGGGAAGUCAUCAAACGUGAUGCAUAUGCAGAAAUUAACAAAAUGUUGGAAGACCUUGAGCGGAAUGACUCAUUAAAAAGGUCCAUCGAAAACAUCAACAUAUAUCAUCAACCUGGUAGUGGAGGAAGCACAGUGGCUCGACAGAUCCUCUGGAACUGGAGGAAAAAAAUGCGAUGUGCUGUUGUUUGUCAAACAAAGCAGACCACAACUGUCUGUGAACAUGCUGUAAAGCUGUGGAAUUUCAAAGAGGUUGACAAAAAUGCCUGUUUGCCGGUGCUUCUACUUCUAGAGGACUGCAAUGUAGACUAUCAGGAUGACCUCAGACGAGAAUUAAGCAAUGCGGUCACAACAAUGAAAAUAAGUCCUUCAAAGCUGUGUUUCAUCAUUCUCUGCUGUAAAAGGUCUCUUGAUCCAGAAAGGAUGUGCAAAGCAUUGCCGUUACGCACAGUCGGAGUUACACACAAACUAUCCUCUGAAGAAAAGAAGCUCUUCUCAAAGAAAGCAGACCGUCUCAAGCUGAAGUUUGAACCAGAGUUUAUACUCACUUUUGUGCUCAUGAGUGAAGGGUUUGAACAGUCUUACAUCACAGACUUUGUUGAAAACUUGCUGAAGGAAAUUGAUCAUUCAUCUCUUCAGACACAGUUGAUCAAAUUCGUGGCUCUACUGAACAGCCACAUUGAGAAUUCAUACCUGUCCGUAUCCCACUGCAAGGCAUUUCUAUGUUUAGAAUUUAACCUGGACAAAUUUGAUAAAAUGGCCGAACCCUCAACGUCCACAUGGAUUGAUGAAGUUCGACACCAAACAUUUGAAAAUUCCUUAAAUGAACAGGCUAGGUUUUUUUUCAUACAGCUAAAAUCCAGCGAGACGCAUAUUGACUCUGUCAGAAUAAUUCAUCAUUUGAUAGCUAAGGAGAUCCUGAAGCAGCUCUCGAGCUAUCAGAGUCAAAGUGAAAUAGCAAUGAAUCUCCUUCAGGACAAAGUGCUGUUUCACCACAGAUUUGGAAGGGAUGACUUUAGAAAGUUUGUCAGAGAUCUGUUCAUCAAACGCACCAAAAAAAGCAAGGGGGAUCCAAAUGACAGCUGGUUUUCUCCUUUAAUAGAGCAUGUUAGAAAGACAGAAGAUGUGGAGAAAGCCAUUGACCUUUUAAAGGUAGCUUACACCUGUUUUGAUGAGGAUGCAUUUGUUGCUCAACAACUUGCACGGCUGCUUUAUGAAAACAAAAAUUUUGAGGAAGCCGAGAUUUGGGCUAAAGAAGCCAAGUCUCAUCUUCCACAGCACAUAUACAUACUUGACACACUGGGACAAGUAUACAAAAAGUGGUUCUACAGCAAACAUGAUGCCAUACGUGAGAGAAAUGCUGAUAUUCAACCAGAGGACAUCACUGAUAUCAUUGAUACUGCCCUUAAAGGAAUCACUACUUUUAGAGAAUCUGAAAAAUGUCCCCAGUCACAGAUGGUCUGCUUGAAUAAUUCCUAUUUUGGAGAAGUUGAUAUUGGAUGCAGAUUGCUUGAGCUUCUGUCAAAAGUAGACAUUUUUUCUGCCAAAGAGGGAAACAGGGAGCUGAUGGAAUACCUGCUCACUGACUACAUACCUGAAGAAGUACAGAAACCUUGGCAAAAGUUUCAUGGCCUUUUAAAAGGAAUGAACGGCAUCAGAAUUGCUUUGGAAUGUAUUUCUGAAGAUCUUGCUCACUUUCAGAAUUACACAUCUGAGGAAGAGGAGGAAUUUGAUGAAGGAGAGCCUGAGACAGUCAAUAAUCCAAGAAGAUGGCUCCUUAGGAAAAGUGCUGUGUAUGCCCAGUUAUUCUUUCGUGACUUUCAAGAGGAUGAGGCUUCUGAUGCAAACACAGUUUCCCCAUUAAUGAGACAAAUGAAAAUUUUCCAACGGGGUGGAAACGUUACAACAAUUCUUUACCUGCUCUCUGAUAAUAAUAAACAAAGAGCUAGAGCAAAGCUUGAGAAAAUAAUUAACCUAUUUCCUGAUGACCUGAAAAAGGAUCUCGACCAGACAGAGCUCCUAAACUUCAUCUUCUGUCAGAUAGCGCUCUCCUGUGCUUCACCUGGCUCUGGAAAACUUCUUUCCAUUGAAGAUCUUCAAAAUCUCAGCAGGCCGUUUUGCAGUGUAAAGAGAACUGUGUUACCAGAUACUGUAUACCUGCUCCUUUCACUCUUAUUUUGGCCAGAGGACUCUAUGGGCAAAGAGCCCCCCAAUAGAAGAAGUGAUGUUGUUGUGAAUGCAAUAAAAGCACUUCACAGAUACCCUGAGUUUAAAUCUGCUGCCUCAAGAAAAGGCAGGAUUUUCACCCACUUUUUCCUUGGAAAAGCAAGGGGUCUAAAUAAAAUAGUGCACAAGACCACAAUUGAAAAAUUCUGCAGGGGAACCCUCAGUGAGAAACGCCUUAAAUGGCAAGGCGGUGAAGUGUGGACAAAUCCAGAUGUUGUGAAAGUGCUUAAACGAGUUGUUGGAUACACAGAAAAUGGGAAUCUGUUUGUCCGGGUAUCUGACCAAAGCAACAUCAGAGUCAUUCCACUUUUUUAUGCCUCCUUGCCCAAUUCAAAUGAGAACGUGACCUUCUACCUAGGGUUCUCUCUACAUGGAGUGGUAGCUUUUGACAUUAAGGUGGCAGAGUGAAACUGAGCUUGAAACUGAAAUUGAGAGUUUCCCAGAAGAUGAGUUUCUAAAAGUAUUUAAACGUACCAGUCAAAUGAUAAAAAGGAUCAUUGGAAGCAUUUAGAAUUGAUAAAACAUUGCGGUGGUAGUUGUGUAUAUCUCAAAUGAAUUAUAACGUUAUUUUAUUGAUAGAUUAUGUUAAAUCAUAGACAUGCUUUUUUUUUUUGCUUUACUUUGUAGGUACAUAACUAAUUUCAUAAGUACAAGAUAUAUUGUUAUUUAGUAACAUUUCCUUGAUUAGCUUUAAAAUGCAGAUGUUUGGCAAAAAAAAAAAUAUAUGUUAUCAUUUGGGUGGUGACUUAAAAUCCAACAUAUAUAUAAUCUUACAUUUUAAAAAUAGUUGUAGAAAUAUGCAUAAUGUUGUAUAUAACCUGGUAAAUUCUGUGUUUACCGUGUUUUUAUGCUUUAAAACCACUUAAUCUGCCUUAACUCCUGUUAAAGUAACACCAGCCCCAGCGCCUAUGCUUCGCCCUCUUGUGGUAAAGAUGUAACUUCACAACAAUCUACUACAGGUAUUUAACAGGCAGAUUAUUAGUUUCUUCCAUCAGAUGUUUAAAGUGGAUUGAUUCAAACAAAAUAAAAACUACUUUGCCUGUG